AUUCUAUUACCGUAUAAUUUUAAUGGUUGUGCAAUAAUUACCGGUACGAAAAAUUUUAUUCUUCAGAAUCCGAGGUUAAGUUUUUUUACUACCGUACAUAAUGUUUAAUGAGAAAUGAUACUUUACUUCUCUCCUUGUUCGAAACUCAUUUAUUUAUUGCUUCGGAUUUGAUAAGAUAAGGCGAGUGAGGUCUGUCAUGAGGGCCUCUUCAGUCUCUUGUGCUUUCUACUACGAAUAACAUAAUGUUGGUCUACAGUUCAACACGAAUUCGGUAUAUUCUAUUCAUAUUCAACUUGAUUUUUGUCGUCACUGGAAUAACGUUACUGGCCGUUGGUCUUGUGAUUGAAAAUGAAUACAAAGAGUAUGCAACCUUCCUCGACCACAGAUUCUUCUCUGCUCCCUCAUUGCUGGUCGUUGUUGGAACAAUCAUUUUCUUCAUUGCAUUUUUUGGCUGUUGUGGAGCUAUAAGAGAGAAUCAUUGCAUGGUGAUGACUUUCAGUGCUCUGAUGGGAACAGUAUUUGUUAUGGAAUUGAUCGCUGGAAUCACCGGCUAUGCUCUUUGCGAAGACACGAUAGAUGUGCUGAGAGGAACAUUGAAUUCGACUAUGAUGGAGUAUCCACACGACAAAGGCUAUGCAAAAAUAUGGGAUGAGCUGCAGAGCUCGUUGCAGUGUUGCGGCUCAGAUAACUACUCAAGCUGGUAUCGGGUGCUGAAUAAUUCGUUGCCGAUGUCAUGCUGUGGUCCUGAGUAUGGUGCCAUCCACUCAGUGACAUGCAAUCACACUCUUCCCAACUUCUACAAUGCACCGUGUCUCGAUUCCCUUGGAAGUGUUAUCAAGGAGCAUGCUGUCACUAUUGGUGCUUCUGGAAUUAGUAUAGCAUUUGUACAGUUGUUGGGAGUUGUAUUUGCUUGUAGACUGGCACGAUCUAUCCAUGUACAGUAUGAGUCUGUAUGACGAGCAGCGGAGCAGACGUUUACUAAACAGACAAAUACGUUUAAACCAUGAAAUUAAUACAUAAACCAAUUUCAAUCUUGGAUACAAGAAAUUAUCAUCUCUCCUGGAGAUUUGAAUUGAGCUGUAAUCAUUGUAGUUUUUUACAAUAUUGAAACCAUGAGAGCAAUUAAAUGCUCUUUCUUAGUUCUUAGUGUUUAUUUUGUAUUUAAAAAAUGUAUGCUAUUUAAUUUCCUAUAUAGUAGGCUAAUGUAAAAUUAUGCUGAAUAAAUUUAAUAUUGCUGUAAACUGAUCAA